AUGCUUGUCGACAUACUCUCACAUCACGCCACCACUCUUCGAGUAUUGCGCAUCCGCCAAAUGGGAACCGAGGCAUUUGACGAAUUCAACAUCAACCACUUUACCGCCCUGGAUACACUCGAGAUCUGCUCGUCGAGUUUAUUGCCUACCGCGCAUGUCGCCUGUGAGAGCUGGGCACUGGCAAAUCUGAAGAGACUCGUCAUGAAUUGCAGUGCAAGCAGUUCCCGACAUGGCCCACAGUCAUAUUUCAUCGAGCGAAUACAGGAAUGGCUAAAGCUAUUCGCGAGCGCAGUUUUCCAUAGGAAAAAGUCCUGCCAAGUCGCUCUGCAGGAGAUUGAGAUUCUUUGGUAUACCGACAGCUUCCACCACAGCUUGCCACUUCCGGAUGAGCGCCGGCGGAUGGAGGACGUGAGGCUUCAUAUUGAAGAGUGCGGUCUUCAGGCCAUCCUCACCUUCCAAGACCGAUAUCCACCAAUUGAGGACGACGAGGGCUACGAGGACGAAUUCUGA